CAGAGAGUCGCUAUCUCAGAUCCGUGCAUGGUGGCACUAGCAAAAUCAAUUACUUAGCGAUAUUUCAACGUUGUUUUUUGAUGGCAUCGUACACGCUGAAUGUUCACUUGGAUGAUGACGUAGUCGCUAAAUUGGAGAUCUCGUAUGUCACACUGAUGUUUUUCGACACGAUUGUAGCUGAGCUAGGGCGUGAAUUUGGUAGCUGUUAUAACUUCAAGUACGAGGAUGAUGACUUCGAUCGUAUUGCAGUACGUAGUGAUGAAGACUUGCCUGCUUUCGUUUCAUAUCUAGAGCAUGAAGGGGAAGCUGACAUUUGGCUGGUGCGCAACCCUUCGGAUGAUAUAAGCGAUAUACCUGAAAUACUUCCGUGGGAUCUUUGUCGCUUGGAUAUGUUGUCACAUGGACAGUUUGGCACCGUUUACAGAAGUAUCCACAUGCCCACUGAUCACGUUCUCGCUGUCAAGUGUAUAGCCAUAGGGAAGGACGAUGAGCGAAAGGAUGAUGUUUUCAGAGAGUUGACGCUCAUGAAAAAGUGUUCGUCUUGCGAGUACGUGGUGAGUUUGGUUGGAGCCUCGGUGGAUUCGCAGUCCUUCUACAUAUGCCUGGAAUACAUGAAUGGUGGCUCCAUAGGCGAUUAUGGAAAGCUUCCUCUCCGUGUUUUAUUAUUUACAACGCGCAGCAUCUUUGAGGGGCUAAAGUUUCUAUGGACUAACAACAUCAUGCAUAGAGACCUUAAACCGAAUAACGUCCUGGUGAAUACGUCUGGAUAUGUGAAGAUAACAGACCUUGGAAUCUCCAAAAUCAUGACAGACUCUGUCACGCGAACUUAUGUCGGAACCACCAUGUAUAUGGCGCCUGAACGCAUCCAAGGCGGUGUUUACCGGCUUGAAUCUGAUGUUUGGAGUUUUGGCCUUUUAUUGUGGGAGCUGGCUCUGGGAUAUUUUCCACUACAGCAGUCUAGUGACACAUUGACUGUUAACAGUGUGCCCAGCUUCCAUGUCAAGAUGCAGCGAAUUGAGAAUAACCCUUGGAGCUUCAGUGAACUAAUCAGAGGAUGUUUACGAAGGAAUGUUCUCCAACGGUGGAAGUUGAAUGAUCUGGCAGCAUCUUUGUACAUAAUGGAAGGCUGGCCAAUCGAUCGUGAAGUGAUAAGUAGAUUUAUUAUCGACUUCAAAUCUUGAUUUGUAAAUACGUCAGAUCUAAUCCCGAUUCAGUUUCACAUCCCGAUUUUUAGUGCUGCUUACCAUAAAUUCGCUUGUAUUACGUUGCUCACUUCUUAUAGCUCACUAAUGGCAUUUACUUAUCUCUCACUCUUUCUUUACGGUGAAUUCAACAUCUUACGAUAUCUUGUACGGGUAUUUUCAAUAAAAGGUUGUUAAUUAUU